ACUCCGUGCAUAUCUCCCCACCUACUCUCCAGCAGCGCAAGGAGGUCGACACGUGCACCAGAGUCCAGAGGACGAAGCCAUGGCCGACCCAGAGGCGCUGGUGGGGAGCGGCGCCCAGCAGGACGACAUGCUGCGGGUGGUCGCCGCCCUGGCCGGCAUCCUGGAGCGCGUGGCGGAGCGCAACGACGUGGCGACGGCGGCGGCCGGCACCGCGGAGGUGGCGGCGCCGGCGUCGGCGUUCCGGUCGACGAGCAAGCCCGGCAUCUCGGUGCGCGCGUACGUGUCGCGCGUGGCGCGGUUCGCCGGGUGCAGCCCGGCGUGCUACGUCGUGGCCUACAUCUACCUCGACCGGCUGCUGCACCGCGGCCGCCGCUUCGCCCUGGCCGUGGACUCGUACAGCGUGCACCGUCUCCUCAUCACGACCGUGCUCGCGGCCGUCAAGUUCAUGGACGACAUAUGCUACAACAACGCAUACUUCGCCAAGGUCGGCGGCAUCAGCCUGGCGGAGAUGAACUACCUGGAGGUGGACUUCCUGUUCGGCAUCGGGUUUGACCUGAACGUGACGCCCAAGACCUUCGGUGACUACUGCGCUGUGCUCCAGUCCGAGAUGAUGUGCGCCGAGGCUCCCCCCGCGCCGCUGAGGCUGCAGCACUGCUGCCUCUCCGAGUCCGAGGACGACGCGGGCAGCUGCGGCUCUCAGCAACAGCUCGCAGCAUGAAGCCACCGGUGGGUCAGCCGGGCGCGUGUGGAAGAAAAGCUCGCAUUGUAUAUGGCUGAUUGCAUGAUGUGUACAAUUCUGUUAGUCCAUGUGUUUAAUUAGAUUUAGUGUGCUAGAUAGCUAGGGUCGUCGUCCUCCUGCCGUGCUGCAUGAUGCUUGAAAGUUGCAACAAAAUGUACUCUAGUGUGCACUCUUCCUUAGUUUUCGUUGGGUGUGGUGGUGUAGGUCAAUGAAACACUAGCGUGUAAGGUUAAUUAUAUGCCAUAUUUCUUCUCCUGUGAAACAGAAUGUACAGUUUUGAACCUGUUUGGUCACUUCAGCAUUCCUUGUAUAUAUAUGUGGUGGCAUUGUGUUGUUGUUAAA